AUGGAGAAGAAGGUAGCUUUGGUGUUGUCGUUGAUGUUGCUUAUGUCUAUGAACUCGGUGUUGGUUUCGGCUGAGGAAGCAGCACCAACGAUUGGACAGAGGGUAGACACAGCUACUAACGACGUUACCAACUUCUUCAAUGAACACGCCGGUCCUGCCGCAGAUACCGUCUCCUCUACCGCCAAAUCCGUCUACAACUGGUUUGGUGACAAAGCUAAGUAUGUUUUAUAA